UCACUGUCUUUUAUUUUUUUGCUCUUUCUUCGAAAAACGACACAACAAAACCAAUGCGUUAUCGUCUCUUUGCUUACAUACAAAGCAGGUGUACCUCUACCUUACCUUCUCUCUCAGCUUUACCUCCAAAGAGGCCAUAGCCAUUUUGCAAAAUGUACCUCAUUUGAGUCCAAAACCCCUUCCCUCUUUGACCACACUCACUUUCUCUUUCUCUCUCUUCUCUCUGUCAUAAUAAUGGUGUCUUUCAUCUCUCUCCCACUACUGCUUUCUGCUACUCUCUUUCUUUUUAGUGCCUUCACUGACCCAAAUAUCAUCAAUGUCUGCAACUCCAAAACGACUCACACACAGGACUACUUGAAGCUACCGUUACUCCACAGAAACCCCUUUGCUUCUCCCGCCGAGCUUCUGUCUUCUGACGCUUACCGCCUCUCCGUCCUCCACCGCCGAAGGCGCCACCCAGUCGUCAAGUCUCCUGUUGUUUCCGGCGCCUCCACCGGCUCCGGUCAGUACUUCGUUGAUCUCCAAGUGGGGACCCCACCGCAGAAGCUGCUCCUUGUUGCCGAUACGGGAAGUGAUUUGGUGUGGCUGAGAUGCUCCGCCUGCAAGAACUGCACCCACCGGCUCCCAGGAUCGGCGUUCCUCGCUCGCCACUCAGCCACAUUCUCUCCGCAUCACUGUUUCCACUCGGCUUGUCGACUCGUUCCGCAUCCCAAACCGAACCCGUGUAAUCGGACCCUAUUGCACAGCCCGUGCCGCUACGACUAUUCUUACGCCGAUGGGUCCACCACGAGCGGGUUCUUCUCGAAGGAGACGACGACGUUGAGGACCAGCUCCGGGAAGGAGACCAAAGUCCCGGGCUUGUCGUUCGGGUGCGCUUUUCGGGUAUCGGGUCCGGAAGCUUCGGGCGGAAGCUUUGAUGGGGCCCAAGGGGUUAUGGGUCUGGGCCGUGGACCCAUUUCGUUCUCAACCCAACUGGGUCGCCGAUUUGGGAAUAAGUUCUCGUACUGUCUAAUGGAUUACACCAUAGCUCCGGCACCCACGAGCUACCUCAUGUUCGGAGGUCUACAAAACGACGUCAUUUUGAAAAUCCCGAAAAUGAGCUUCACACCUUUGCUAUUUAACCCUCUUUCGCCGACUUUUUACUACAUUGGGAUCAAGACUGUCUUCGUCGAUGGGUUGAAGUUACCAAUAAGCCCUUCCGUCUGGUCCAUCGACGAGCUUGGUAACGGCGGCACCGUUAUUGACUCGGGGACGACGCUGACUUUCCUAGCUGAACCAGCUUACCGUUUGGUUUUAGCGGCGUUUAAACGUCGAGUUAAGCGACCGAGUUCAGCCCAGCCAAAUCUGGGUUUCGAUCUGUGCGUGAACGUUUCGGGCGUGUCGAGACUGCGUCUACCCAAACUGAGUUUCCAACUGGCUGGGAACUCAGUAGAGUUCUCGCCACCUCAAAGCAACUACUUCAUCGAAGCAGCGGAGAGUGUCCAUUGCCUGGCGAUUCAACCCGUUGAGUUGGACUCGGGCUUUUCCGUGUUAGGGAAUCUGAUGCAACAGGGUUUCUUGUUCGAGUUCGACAAGGACAGGUCGCGACUCGGGUUUACGCGCCAUGGAUGCGCCCGACCUUGAGAACCAAACGAAUCUGUGACUCCGAGUCAGAAACUCGUUUUUUCUAAUUUAAUAAUUAAUAAAUGUUUUAAGUAAAUUAUUUUUUGAACAGUGUGAGUUUUGUUUGUUUACUUUGAACAAAGUUCCCUAUUGGCCAGACAAAAGAAUACUGAACGAGAUAUUGUUUUUGA